AUUAAACACUUCAGCACUUAAGUAAUAUUUUAAUCGUGCAUGAUGUAUGUUUAGAUAUAUAAAAUUAGGUUAGGUUAGGUUAGAUUAAAUUAGACCUUUCUUGCGUAUGGAAAGACACUAUCUUUUUUUAACUUUUCUGAAAAGUUUUUUUAAUUGUUAUUGAAAACGUAUGAAUGUACGAAUUGUAUGAAAGUUAGUUAUGUUUGUGAAAUAGCAUUCACGCCGUCUCUUUCAAAACUUAUUAGCCGGCUGGAAAAUUUUUACGAUAAUAUUGACAUGCCGGAACACGAUUAUCAGAUAAAGAAAUCAAUGAUUUUAUUGAAGCAAAAAAUGUGUAAGACGGACAAUUUAAUUAGGAAGUAUUGUGAAAACAUAAAAGAAAUUAAACAUUUGAAAUCGGAUUUAGAUAUUGCAAAGAAAGAGGCUAAACACAAUAUAACCAAUUAUACAUCUGCCAUGGAUAAGAUAAGAACAUUAGAACUUAAAAAUGUAGAAGCUAAAAAAGUAAGUGAAGAGUUAGCAAAGAAAAUAAGUGAAUAUGAGACACAUAUAGAUGCAAGUGAAAAGACUGUACAUCAAUUAAAAUGUAAAAUACAAGACUUGGAAGAUGCACAUUCUGUUAAAGAUUUGGAAUUUGAUCUACAAAAGUCAACUUUCAAAGAUAAAAUUAAAGAUUUGGAAGAUGAAGUAAAAAAGUUAAAAUCAAUAUCGCCUAAAAAGCCUAAAAAGAGACAAAAAGAGAAAAUUUCUGCAGAUUUUGAUACUAAUAAGCCAAGUGUAGGUACAAAAUCAAAUUCAAAUAUUGGUGUUAAUAUAUCAUUGUGUGAUAACGAAUCGAGUAUGAAACACGAAGUACGAGAUAAAAAUGUUAUGACUGAUGAAUUUUAUAACAUGAAAACUGAUCCAUAUCCAUUAUUUUGUUCAAAAUGCGAAGCUUAUUUGUCUCCAGACGAAACUCCUGAGAAAAUAUAUAAAACCAUGAGUGCAUAUCCAAAAUUAAUUGAGAAAGAUUUGUCUCCUCCACCGAAAAAGAUUUAUUCGCCACCGCGUUUAUUAUCCAAUACCUAUUCGGAAAUUCCGGACUCCACGAUUAGAAAUGAAGGUACUCUCUCUAGAAUAUCAUUUGUAUCACAUCGUCCAUAUAGCCCAUACAAUGAUUCAAUAGUUGGUAAUCCAAAAUCGGGUCGAUCAUCUGCGAUGGCGCAAAUCUGUGAAAAUGUUGAAUUAAGAAAUCCGUCAAUUAAUCGAUUUAGUUCCAUUCCUUCAACAUUUACCUUGUCUCAAAAUAGAAAUUCUGCAAGUGAGGAUUUUUGUUCUGAAGAGUUAUUAGCUAGGCAUUCUUUAUCUAUUGAAGAAAUGGGUAAGAAAAUUCGGACAUUAGAAAGUAAAAUUAAAAAGUUUCGAAAAUUGAAGAAUAAAGUGGAUGUAAGUUCUUGUUAUUGUAGUAUGAAUUGUAAAAAUGAUAUUUCGCUAAAUGCGAAUCUAAUUUCUGUAAUCUGUAAAUCUGUGGCGGAAUAUUACGACGAAAAAAAAGAAAGAGAGUGUUCUACAAAUGAGCGAAAUGUCGAUUCAUUUUCCAGCGAAAAUUUGGAAAAGUGUACAUGUUGUGUAAAAAGGACUAAGCUAAAAAGGAAACAAUCAAGAUGUGAUGCACAUGAAAAUAUAUUUUCGCGGAAAAUUGAAAAUCUCGGUCAAAGAUGUCAAGUAAGAAACACAUUUUGUAAUAAAACAGAGAAUGCUAUGAAGGCGAUUGGUAUUUUACAAUCUGAAGAUACAUUGCAUGAGAAUAAUUCAUUCUUAGAUAUGAAUAUAUCUGAUACGUCUUCCAAUGAUACUGAUGAAUCUGAUAAAAGAGAGUUUGUUUUUCAUGAAAGGAAUACAUCGAAUGCAUUGAAUGUGAAUUCAACAAAGAUGGCAUGUGUUGAAGAAGACAGUUUGAUGACAUCACGUUUCAACGCUGAUAAAACAUACGUAAGCGAAGAUUAUUUCUUAAACAAAGAUAAUGUAGAGGCUCUCGAUAUGGAUAACCAGAUAAAAAUUAGUACAACAUUCUUACCUAACAAUACAAAUUUUACUGAUCACGCUGAUGACAUAACUGUUAACGCAGAAGAAAUUAAACUAAAAAGAAAGAGCCAAGAUAUGCAUAAAAACGAGUUUGGUGAAACAUAUGCAAGUGAUAAUCCUUCGAGUAAAGUUAGUAACCAAAAAGAAACUGGAACAGCUUUAGCUAAUGAUGAAAAUUCUAUUAGUCAUGUUAUUGGGAAAACUGCUAAUAUUAAUGCAGGAGAAAUAAAAAGAAAGAGUCAAGAUGAAGAUAAAGUUGAUGAAAUAUACACGAGCAGAAAUCCUUCAAGCAAAGAUAAUGUAAAAACUAUGGAUGUGAAUGAGCAAACAAAAACUGGAACAAUAUCCUUAUCUUAUGAUGAAAAUUUUGGUGAAAAUUAUAUCUGUGACAAAAUUAUUACCCAUGAAAGUGAAAUAAAAAGAAAGGAUCAAGAUAUGCAUAAAGAUGAGGUUGCAAUAUAUUCGAGUAAUAAUCUCACAAGCGAAGAUAAUGUUGAAGCUAUUAACAUGGAUAAUCAAAUAGAAACUCAAAUGAUAUGCUUAUCUAACAAAAAUUCUACUGAUCAUACCUACGACAAAAUUAUUAUUCAAAGUGAAAUGAAAAAAAAGAGCCAAAGUAUGCAUAAAGAUAGGGAGAUUCAUGAUACAUGUUCUAACGAUAAUUUCAUAAGUGAAGCCAAUGUUGAAGCUGUCAAUAUAGAUAAUCAAAUGGAAACUACAAUGACAUCCUUGUGUAAUGAAAUUUUAUCUGGUCAUGUUGAUGAAAAAACUGCCAAUACUGAUGCAAAGAAAAGUGAAGUAACAAAGACCCAAGAUAUGCAUGAAGAUAAGGUUGGCAAAAUACAUGCAAGCAACAAUCCAACGAGUAAAGAUCAUAUUGAAGCCAUCGACAUAGAUAAUCGAAUAGAAACUCAAACGAUAUUCUUAUUUAAUGAUGAAAAUUUUACUGAUCAUGCUGAUGAGAAGCCUGUUAAUAUUAAUGUAAAGAAAAGCGAAAUAGAAAGAAAGGGCCAAGCUAUACAUAAAAGUGAGGAUUAUGAAAUAUGUUCAAGCAAUAAUCUUUCAAGCAAAGAUAAUUUAAAAGUUAUUAACACGGAUAAUCAAGCAGAAAUUAAAACGAUAUCCAUGUAUAAUGCUGAAAAUUUAACUGAUUAUGUUGAUGGGAAAACUGUCAAUAUUAAUGUAAAGAAAAGUGAAAUAGAAAGACAAGGCCAAGAUAUUCAUGAAGAUAAAGUUGGCGAAGUACAUACAAACAACAAUCUCUCAAGUAAGGAUAAUAUUGGAACUAUUAAUAUGGUUAAUCAAACGAAUAGAGCAAAAUUUUUAUCUAACAAUAAAUAUUCUAAUAACCGUGCUGAAAAAAUUGUCAAUAUUAGCUCAGAGGAAACUAAAAUGAAGAAAGGCCAAAAUAUACGUAAAGGCAAAGUUGGUGAGCGCUUACUAAAGAAUAUUCGAAACUUGAAGAGGAAAACGCAAGCAAUUCCGCGCGUAAAUAAGCAAGAAAAUGUUGAAUCAUGUUCAGAUAAUAUUUCUGAGUACAAUGAAUUAGCAAAAAAACCGCGAAUUGAAAACGAAGAGAUAAUUGACGAUCACCUAAAGAAUAUUAGAAAUUUAAAGAGAAACUUAAAUUUGCAAACUUAUUCUACAAAUAAACAAGAAGACGAUAAAUUACACUCGAAUCAUUAUGAAUCGAUGAAAAAAUUACGAAUUGCACACACUCCAAAAACGCCAAUUCCUCAAUUGAAAAUUAAUGAAAAUAAUUCUACACACUGCAUAAUAAAAAGUUUAAGUUCUUUAGUGACUCGACGAAAGGAAAAUUCGAUAAGACAACUCAGAGAUGCACGUCAAAAAGGUAAUUUGUUAAUUAAAAGCAAGAGCAGUCAUAUUAUAAAUGAGCAAUUUAAUGAAAAAAACGUUAUUGAGUCUAUCCAGACAAAUUGUCUGGAUAGUCUCGACAAUGUUCUUUUUAGCAUUGACAGAAAAUUCAUAAACAAAAAAGAUUUAGAUUUAACCAGUGCCGGAGAUUAUAUUCAAAAGAAUAUCACACAAUCUGAUAAUGAUGUUGAAUGCGUUUCCGAAAUUGAGAUCUGUAAUAACGUCUCGUUUAAAGAAAGCGACAAGAUUAUCUCAGUGGACAAAGUAACAAGAAAGACAACAGACAACGAGACAGAAAACAAACAGAAAAGGACAUGCGAUAAUAAUGAAAUGAUUGAGAUACAGGAUGAUGGAAGCGACAAGAUUAUCUCAGUGGACAAAGUAACAAGAAAGAUAACAGACAACGAGACAGAAAACAAACGAAAAAGGACAUGCGAUAAUAAUGAAAUGAUUGAGAUACAGGAUGAUGGAAACGACAAGAUUAUUUCAGUGAACAAAGUAACAAGAAAGAUAUCGAACAACGAGACAGAAAACAAACGAAAAAGGACUUGCGAUAAUAAUGAAAUGAUUGAGGUACAGGAUGUUGAAACUCGAAAUAAAAAUGCACAUGUGAGUCAACUAGUUGAAGAAAUGGAAUAUAUCAAUACCUGUCAUCGUGAUGCCGAGGAAACCCAGACGCCAAUGUUACAAUUAAUUAAAUACAUUGUAACGAAAGAUGUCGAAAAAGCUCACUUAAAAAAGUUACCAUUUAAAAACAGAAUAUACAUUCGUGAAAUAACAGAUCAAUUUGUAAAGAAACAAAUACGAAGACUUAUCAAUAAUAGUGUCUGGAAAGAUUCUAUACACGAAGAUAUAGUAAAAAAAUUGGGAAGUACAUGUGGACCUCGUAUCAUAGCUAAAUGUUUAAUAGACUUUUUAUUGGAGGAAGUCAAUUAUAAAGAAGAUCCGAAUAAAUUAUUUACUCCUCCAGCACCACCGAUGACGACAUUUGAGCAGAAGAUUAUAACGCUAUUAAUUGAUCUGGAAGUUUUAAAACCAACGGUGAUUUAUUUUGUGCAAGCUGCCAUUGAAUAUAAUCUGUUUAGACUUCAGAGUGACAUAAUGAAUAUACAGGUUGAAUCACUCACACGGAUAUAUGUUGUCUUAUCACGUAUUCAGAAGGAUAGAGAAAAAGUACGCAUUAUGUGCUGCAAUGCUCUUUAUUGUAUGGGUAUUAAAUCAAUACGUCUUUUGUAUGCAGUAUUAACGUGUUGGGUGGAAGUCCUUCCAAAUGCUAGAGCAAUGCCUAAUCAAGGAAUAUUACCAAAGUGCAUAGCGUUUCUUAUCAGUUCACAAAUUAUCAGGUUUCCUGAUCCUCCUGACAAGCCUCAUGGCAAGCUUAUCUCACAGGCUUUAAAAGAUACAUUACAAAAAUUAUGUAUAUUAAAAAGAUUGUUAUUAAAAUAUUAUAAUUAUACUUCAAAACUAAUGAGUGAUAUUGUUAAUGAACUUAUGACUGCUCUUAAAGCUAAACGAAUCAAUGGCUUGGACACAGCUAUUAUACUUGUUGCGAAGAGGGAAGGGCCGUCUUGGACAUAUAAAAAUAUUAUUAAAUCUGCUCUAUUGCCAAUGAUCAUAAAGAAUGAGCAUCCAUGUAUAUAUAGUGCAUUUUCUUUACUCGGAAAACUUUUGCGCGCAUUUCCAAUAGAAGAUGAUAAUAUUGUGCAAGAAAUCAGUGAACAGCUCCGUGACCUCAUUCAAUCUGACCAAGUUUCACAUGAUCAACAAGAAGGCAUCGCAUCUGCGCUGCUCAGCCUUUCUAGACAUCAAUUUGAAAUUGUUGCGUCAUCUAUGAUAGAAUGGAUGCCGAGUAAAUCUUUAAGGCCAAUCGUCGACAUGCAAUUGCAAGCAUUUGUAAAUGGGCGUAAAGCAAAGUUUUGGAAGAAUUACUUAAAGAAAAACAAAACAUAUUAAACCAAAGUACAAUGUAAGACGUUUAAAUUGAAUAAUUGAAAUAUUUAUGUCUUUUAAUCAUUAUGUAAUUCUGCUAGCUCUCUGCUUAGAACUAAUUGAGCAAAAUUUAUUACUCACAACACUCGUGAGAAUUAUUUGUCCUUAUUUAAUGAUGAAUAACAAGGAUGAAAUAAUGUUUAUAAGCGCCAAAAGUAUGUGAGCGGUCUUUUAAUGUAAAUUUCCGAUUUAUAGUAAUUUAUUAUUUGCAUUAGCUUAUAAUGUUUAUUAUUUUUAUUUAAUUUUUCUAUUAAGGUUCUUGGUCCUUUAGCCAAAAAUUCCGCUUUGACACGCUUAGCGACACGAUUAUACGUGGUAGAAAUAAAAACUAUAAGGCGAGAAAACGUGUUGACAACCAAUUAAUUUUUGUUAUUUCAUUAUUAUUAGCUUUGGGCUAGUGUUGUAAACGUGUUGUAACAUGUGAUAUAUUUGUAAGACUCUUAAAAUUGUUCGAAAACUAAUAUUAGUGAAGAAAAUAGUAUGUGUAAAGUAUAUUUUCCGCUUUCUUUCGAUAGCUGUCAAACUGCGCAUUUUGCUAUGUAAUUAGACUUGAUAUUUUAUUAAUUGUCAAGAGAAAAGCAAGUUUUUGGAUAAUCUUACAAGUCUAUAGUAA